AUGCGCAACCUGGAUUGGGGCUCUGCGGGGUGUUCGGCCCCAUUGGUUGUGAAGUUCGCUGACACUCAACGAGAGAAGGAAGUGAAGAAACUGCCUGCUGCCGCUGGGAGCAUAACGUCGGCUGCUUCCGGCUUAGCAUCGUUAGGCAAUCAGGCCGCUUUAUUGCAGCAGCUGACCGGUGGUGGCGUCAAUCUACAAGCUCUGAGUGCUUUGGCUGCACUGUUCAAUCCUGGUGUGCAGGCGCAACAGCAUAACCUGCUGGGUGUCCUCGGUGGAGUGCUUUCGGCGUUGGGUAAACUCACGGAAGGGGGUUCCGGGGCAGUGAACACUGGCGUUGCUACUAGCGGCAGUGUGUCUGCUCUAGUGCAGAACGGGCAGAGCGCUGCGAGCAAGGCUCAGCUAGCCGCACUACUUCAUCAAAACCCACUUCAAACUCAGAACCUUGAGACCAUCGCCCAGUUUCAACAGGCUCAGCUCCAACACGCUCAGUUAGCCCAGGCCCAAGCACAGGCUCAAGCUCAAGCACAACAUCAACAGCUUUUCGCAAUGCAAGUUCAAGCUCAGCAAGCACAACCGGCCGGUGAUUUGGCUGCGUUCGGUUACGCUACCGGAGCCGUGACGGCGCCAACCAUGUCCCAACCGUUUGCCGCUCAACUUUCCUCGGUUUACCAGAAUGCACCAACAAAUGGUGUUCAAGUUGUUGCUGCAAAAGCUGCAUCCCCAGUUGGUACUGCACUAUCAUCGGCUGGUACUGCUGGCUUUGGUGGUGGAGCUACCGGAGCUGGUAUGGAUCCCUAUCAACAAGCAAUGCAGCAAUAUACUCGUUUUGUUUCGUAUGACAACGCAGUAUCUGCACAAAAUGCUAUCGCCGCUAUGAAUGGGUUCCAAAUAGGGUCGAAGCGGCUGAAGGUGCAACUCAAGAAUGAAAGAAGCCAUCCCUAUCCCAAGGCAGCCGUGUAA